AUGGCUUCCCAUCUAAACAUCGGACUGCCACAAAUCCACGCGCACAAGGGGAGCAAAUGCGUCCCGCCCAGCAAUGAUUUCAUCAUAGGUACCUGGCACGUAACCCACUCCAGUCUUCCACUCUGGAAAGACAAGCGCAACGUCAACAUUACCUACGAGCUACUCGCCCCAGACUCCUCGGGCAUCGCUAAGAUCGACGACCUGGUCCGGUACCAAGCUGUUGGAUCAGACAAGAUAAAGUCGGUCCAUGGUGUCGAUACACCGAGCCCUGAUAAUCAAGGUGCCUGGGACUGGCGAGGCAAAGGUUGGUUGAUGAUUGCGAGUUCGCACUGGGAGUGCCUUGGUUUCGGCCAGGCAGAUGACAAUAAUCAGUGGAUUGUCACGUACUUUGCCAAGACGCUCUUCACACCUGCUGGAAUCGAUAUCUAUUCUCGACGUAAAGAAGGUCUUCCUCCGACUCUUGUGGAGGAUAUACUUCAAGCUCUCAAGGGGCUACACGUUGACGAGAUCACGACCCUGGCCAAUAAUAUCUUCCAGAUUCCUCAAAACUAG